AUGGCAACAAUUGCUGUUGGUGCUGGUGCUGGUGCAUCGGGCGGUCCAAAAACGAUGGCAUUUAAGGACAAGGACAAGCCUUAUGAGAUUGUCACAAGUCCAACGUCAGUUCUGGUUUCAAAUGAUGGCGCCACCAUUUUAAAAAACAUGUCCGUUUUGCACCCUUGCGCUAAAAUGCUUGUUGAGCUUUCAGAGGCUCAGGAUGCAGAGACCGGCGACGGGACAACCUCCGUGGUUGUGAUUGCUGGAGCUUUGCUUAAUGCCGCAGAGGGCCUGCUUGAAAAGGGAAUCCAUCCAACGGUCAUUGCAGAGUCGUUUCUACUUGCCUCCCGCAAGGCCGUUGAGGCUUUGGAGUCCGUUUCCAUCACGGUCGAUCUUUCUGACCGUGCCUCUUUGAUUUGGAGCGCCUCCACCUCUUUGAAUUCAAAAAUCGUCUCGCAACUGGCCCCGAUGAUGUCCGCAGUUGCGGUGGAUUCGAUCUUGCGCGUUGCAGACCUUUCCGAGUGCUCGGUAGACUUGAACGAUAUUCGGGUCAUCCAAAAGCUUGGAUGCACCCUGGAAGAUCUCGAGCUGAUGGACGCAGGUGGCCUUCUUUUGAGGCAGCCUGCAGUUUCAUCUGCCAGCGGCCCUUUGAAGAUGGAGAAGGCCAAAAUUGGCCUCAUUCAAUUCCAACUGUCCCCUCCAAAAACGGACAUGGAAAGUCAAGUUGUCGUCACCGAUUAUCGCCAAAUUGACAAAAUCCUGAAAGAAGAGCGCGAAUACUUGCUGAACAUUUGCAAAAAGAUCAAAAAAGCCAACUGCAACGUCUUACUGGUACAGAAAUCCAUUCUUCGAGACGCUCUUUCAGAGAUGGCCCUGAAUUUUCUUUCCAAGUUGAAGGUCAUGGUAAUUUCGGACAUCGAAAGGGAUGAGAUCGAUUUUAUUGCAAAGACGCUCGGGUGCAAGCCAAUUGCAGAUAUCUCUUCGUUUUCCGAAGACAAGCUGGGAUCUGCAGAUUUGGUCGAGGAAAUCUCAAUGGAGGGCGCUUGCUCCAAAUAUGUCCGUGUCAGCGGAAUCAAAAACGGCGGCAAGACUGCCUCCGUUUUGGUACGCGGUGCUUCCCAAGUUGUCCUUGACGAGGCUGAAAGAUCUCUUCACGAUGCUUUGUGUGUCCUUCGUUGUCUUGUCAGAAAAAAGCAGCUCAUUGCAGGUGGCGGUUUCCCGGAAUCCUACCUCUCCUCUUUUCUGGGCCAAUGGGCCUCCCAUUCGCUUUCCGGAAAAGCCUCAAUAUGUGUGGACGCUUAUGCUCGGGCCCUUGAUGUGGUUCCCAUAACUCUUUCCGAAAACGCCGGUCUUGAUCCAUUGACCAUGGUCACCGAGCUUCGUAGUAGACAUGCCCAGGGCGAGUCCAACUGUGGAAUUAACAUUCGAAAGGUGGUUGCACGUUGUAUUUCUAAACUUUAG